UCUAUAGCUGUAUGUCACAGUGCAAGGUGCCGGAAAAACAAUUAUCAAGUACCAACAUUAAGUGCUUUAGCCUACGACAUUUUCAUUUGAGUUUUGGGCAAAGAUGAAACUGUACACGUUGGUGGGAAUACUGCUCGUAAUUACGAUUCAGCAUGUCAAAGGUGAGAAGUGUUCAGAUUGUGUUCACCUGGACUACACAAUCAAAGGAAUGCGCUACAUCUCCCGAGCCAUGCUGGGUGCUCUCCUCCUCGAUACCUACAACCCCAACUGUCUCCAUGACAACCAGGAACUACACGUCACGUGUCCCCACAACGGAAGUGCUGGUCUGGUGGUGAAAUGUAAAAAGACACACGUUAUUGUGCAGGCACAUGACAUACGGGGACUGGAACCUGACGCUGAGGUAAAUUUAAUGGCGGUUGAACGUCGAUGUGCUUUGAUCGAUGCCUCACAAGAAAACUACUGUGUCAGUCACAUGUAUGAUGAUUCAUUGACCUCCUACAUUUCCAAAACUGUGACCCAUCUGAUGGACACGUGGAAAACAGUAAAUUAUACAGGCGCCAACUGUUACUCUAACACGCAUAAUGACGUCACCACAGGAACGCAUAUCGAAGCACAACAAUCAGAACAGCACACCGUGCCACACUCUGAUGCUACGACAGUCCACAUAACGUCAGUACAACAAGAAGGACAAUAUGGCGUACAAUCUACCAAUGGUUUACCAGUAAAUAACGUGACAGACUUAAGUACUGAAACUAGUCCUUUAGAGUAUGUACCAAUUGUGAAUUCUACUUCAGCAUCUACCACAAACGAUUCCAUACCUCCAUCUUCUGUACAGACAUUAGCAAUAAGCACACAUAAUCCCAAACCUUCAUCAGCAAUACCGACUUUAGCAAUAAGCACACAUGAUCCCAAACCUUCAUCAGCAAUACCGACUUUAGCAAUAAGCACACAUGAUCUCAAACCAUCUGCACAGACUUUAGCAAUAAGUACACAUGAUCCCAAACCUUCAUCAGCAAUACCGACUUUAGCAAUAAGCACACAUGAUCUCAAACCAUCUGCACAGACUUUAGCAAUAAGUACACAUGAUCCCAAACCUUCAUCAGCAAUACCGACUUUAGCAAUAAGCACACAUGAUCCCAAGCCAUCUUCUGUACAGACUUUAGCAAUAAGUACACAUGAUCCCAAACCUUCAUCAACAAUACCGACUUUAGCAAUAAGCACACAUGAUCCCAAACCAUCUUCUGUACAGACUUUAGCAGUUAGCACACAUGAUCCCAAACCUCUUUCUACAGAAAAUACAUUAGCGGUUAGCUCACAUGAUCCCAUAUCUUCAUCAACAGUAAAAACAUUAGCAGUUAGCACAAAUGAUCCCAAACCUCUUUCUACAGAAAAUACAUUAGCGGUUAGCUCACAUGAUCCCAUAUCUUCAUCAACAGUAAAAACAUUAGCAGUUAGCACACAUGAUCCCAAACCUACUUCUACAGUAGAGACAUUAGCGGUUAGCACACAUGAUCCCAAAUCUUCAUCAACAGUAAAAACAUUAGCAGUUAGCACACAUAAUCCCAAAUCUUCAUCUUCUGUACUGACAUCAGGGAUUAACACGCGUGAUCCCAAAUCUCUAUUUACUGUACAGGCAUUUCCGAUUAGCACACAUGAUACCAAAUCUCCAUCCACAAACACAAUUAAAAACACUAAUUACGGAAAAAGACCGGAAUCGAGUGAAAAUGAGAGAAAAUUCAUCCACAAUAUAAGAUACUACAGCUGGGCACCAGACAAGAAAUUCAGUGGACUGGUGCUUGUGACGUCACUAUUCUUGACAUAUGUCAUUAAUACGUGAUCUUAUCAAUUGGUUCAGCGCAGUAACAGUGUAAAUAGUCACGUGUCACCUCUAUAUUCCAUGGACAUAUUAAUUGCAUUGAUCUAUAACUCAUUGUUUUGUUUGUUUGAUUUUUAAAAUAAACCAA